CUCAGUUUUGGUACAAAGGAGAAUCUCUGGACUAGGACCUACAGUCUGUUACGGGCUCUAUCUCUGGAUUCGCAGAUAUAACAAAAUUACUCACAAGAUGGCAUCCGCAAGCUCCCCAGCAAAGGCCCAGCGCCAAAAAGACAACGAGCAUAUUGCAGUGUACUUCGCUGUCGGUGUCCUCGCCCUCAUUGUACUACUCUCUAUAGUCCACUGGACCUCUUUCCUUCUUCAACGGCAGUCUUCGCGGAGAUCAAACACUAAAACGGACCCAUCACAACGUCUUCGUCGCCUCUUGCUCACCCCUAUCCCCAUUUUCAAAACCCUUCCCAAUGCCCUGCUCUUCCUGGCCUACCUCGCCAUCAAUAUAUCCCUCUGCUUCUCCCGCAUCCCUUGGCCGGACUCUUCAAAGCGCCUCAUCUGGUUUGCAAAACGCGCGGGCUGGGUGACAGCCAUAAAUAUGGCUCUCACAACACUCCUCAGCCUCCGCAACACGCCCCUUUCCCUGCUCACUGGCGCAAGCUACGAGCGCCUCCGGCCCUUGCACAACUUCGCCGGCUAUACGACCGCCGUCCUCCUGUGCAUGCACGCAGUCCCAUACAUCGUUUACUAUCACCUCCGCGACAGCCUCGCCGAGGACUUCGACGCCGAGCACGUGGCAAACAGAAUGGGCGCCGUUGCUGGCGUCGCCAUGCUGCUGACGGUGCUCGCCGCCACAACGCUGCGCAGACUGCACUACGAGCUGUUCUACAUCGCCCACGUCGUCCUCUUCCUCGUGAUCAUCGUGACUUAUGCUCUGCACCGACCCAAGAUCGCAACCCACAGCGUCUACAUCGCCAUCUUCGCAGCUGCUAUCUGGUUCCUUGAUAGGCUGAUCCGUGCCGUCACGCUCCUGAUUUCACUCCCCAACAACACCGCGACGAUCCACCCGCUACCAAACGACGCUGUGCGUGUGACGCUGGCGAAAACGCCCUCCUGGUCGUUCGCGUCGCUGGGAACCACGGCCACGGCCACCUCCGGUCAGCACGUAUACCUUUACGUGCCCGCCAUUCGCGCAUUCGAGACGCACCCAUUCACGCUCUCUAGCAAGACGCCCGCGAGCCUUGUGCUCAAGGCCCACGACGGGUUUACGCGCGCCCUUCACGAAUACGCCGUUGCGCAUCCAGGCGCUAUACUGCGCGCCGGCGUCGACGGUCCAUACGGCAAAUUGCCACAUUUCAGUGCCUACGACAAGGUUGUUCUGUUCGCUGGCGGGAGCGGUGCGACUUUCACAUUUGGUGUUAUCAGCGCGCUGGAACCUGCUGUAAGGGUGGAUUUCAUAUGGACAAUUCGCCAUAGCGACAACAUGACCUGGUUCUCUACGCAGCUCGCAGUGCUUCGCGCCAACCCGUCGAUCCGAGUGCAUGUGUAUGUCACCAGCCAAGUCGAAAGGACACGGAGCAGUAGCCCCGAAUUUGAGAAAUCGGCACAUGUAGACGUACCGACGCCGACGUCGGAUGUUGAGAAGAAUGUGGGUGGAGAUAUCGAGAAGAGUAUGCCGGAAUUAGGAGUGGAGAGUUCCGUCGGCGAAGAGGUGCGGUAUGGACGACCGGAUAUCGAUGCUUUGGUGAAGCGCGCUGUUGGUGAGAUGAGUGCUGGGCAAAGAGUAAUUGUGGCGUCGUGUGGGCCCCAGGGACUGAUGAGGGACGUCAAGGAGGCGACAAGGGGGGUGAUGAGAUCGGAGUCAGGGGUCAGCGUUCAGCUUUAUGAAGAGGCCUUUGAAUGGUGAGGCUGUAUGAUGUUUAUGAGGAGCUAGGAACGAAAUAGUGAUACAUGAUAGACUGUAGAUAGAACUUAUCUUGUGGGAAGGAGUAUUUCCU